UUCGGACGCCGAGCGCCGGCGGAUCCCGCCUCCGGGCGCCGCCCCUCCCCUCCUCCGCCAGCAUGGGAAUCAAAUUUCUAGAAGUUAUUAAGCCCUUCUGUGCUGUUUUACCAGAGAUCCAGAAGCCUGAAAGAAAAAUUCAAUUUCGAGAAAAGGUUUUGUGGACAGCUAUCACUCUCUUCAUUUUUUUAGUAUGCUGCCAGAUUCCAUUGUUUGGAAUAAUGUCAUCAGACUCUGCAGAUCCUUUCUACUGGAUGAGAGUCAUCCUUGCAUCAAACAGAGGCACUUUAAUGGAGUUGGGGAUUUCUCCCAUUGUGACAUCUGGGUUAAUUAUGCAGCUGCUGGCUGGAGCCAAGAUCAUCGAAGUUGGUGAUACACCGAAAGAUAGAGCCCUGUUCAACGGUGCACAGAAGUUGUUUGGAAUGAUUAUCACUAUUGGGCAAGCUAUUGUGUAUGUCAUGACUGGGAUGUAUGGAGAUCCGGCAGAAAUGGGGGCUGGAAUUUGUCUCUUGAUCAUAAUCCAGUUGUUUGUUGCUGGCUUAAUAGUGCUGUUGUUGGAUGAGCUGCUACAGAAAGGUUAUGGCUUGGGGUCUGGGAUUUCUCUCUUUAUUGCCACCAACAUCUGCGAAACCAUUGUCUGGAAAGCCUUUAGUCCAACUACCAUCAACACUGGCAGAGGAACUGAGUUUGAGGGUGCAGUCAUUGCACUGUUCCAUCUUUUGGCUACACGAACUGACAAAGUCCGGGCUUUGCGGGAAGCCUUCUAUCGCCAGAAUUUGCCUAAUCUUAUGAAUCUGAUUGCCACAGUAUUUGUGUUUGCUGUUGUCAUAUAUUUUCAGGGAUUCCGGGUUGAUCUCCCAAUCAAGUCUGCGCGAUACCGUGGACAGUACAGUAGCUAUCCUAUCAAACUUUUCUAUACCUCCAACAUUCCCAUCAUACUUCAGUCGGCCUUAGUCUCCAACCUCUAUGUUAUUUCUCAAAUGUUGUCAGUGCGGUUUAGUGGCAACUUCCUAGUAAACUUACUUGGCCAAUGGGCAGAUGUUAGUGGUGGUGGUCCAGCCCGCUCCUAUCCUGUUGGAGGCCUCUGUUAUUACCUCUCUCCCCCGGAAUCCAUGGGUGCUAUCUUUGAAGAUCCUGUCCAUGUGAUUGUUUAUAUUAUAUUUAUGUUGGGAUCUUGUGCAUUUUUCUCCAAGACAUGGAUUGAGGUUUCUGGUUCAUCUGCAAAAGAUGUUGCCAAGCAACUCAAAGAACAGCAAAUGGUGAUGAGAGGCCACAGGGAUACAUCCAUGGUUCACGAAUUAAACAGGUACAUCCCUACAGCGGCUGCAUUUGGAGGCUUGUGCAUAGGAGCCCUCUCCGUCUUGGCUGAUUUCCUGGGAGCCAUUGGCUCAGGCACUGGCAUUCUGCUUGCGGUCACCAUCAUUUACCAGUAUUUUGAGAUAUUUGUCAAAGAACAGGCAGAGGUUGGAGGAGUGGGUGCUUUAUUUUUCUAAAUAGCGAAAUGUUAUGUUGAACUGUAUUUGGACACCAGGUGACCUUUUAGUCCAAUAUUGCCAUUUUUUUUCCUUUCAAGUGCUGUGUGCCCCAUUUUUCAUGAUGGGCAUUGCACAAUGCCUGCCUGCAGCUUCAGUACCAGCUGCCUUAAGAAUCAAAGUUUACAUUGUCUUGGUCAAAGAAUACAAAACUCUCUCUAGUGUUGCCUGUAAUGCUGGAAACCAGCACAUCUACCUUCCUCUUCGAACACUACCGUGGAGAUGGCCAGAUGGUGCCCAUUUUUGCUGCUGAAAACUUUUGCACAUUACAUUAUGAGAUUUAAGCAUAAGCGCACCCUGCGGCAAGAGAAAACUCUCUGAGCUUAUUAAAACUAAAGACACAAUAUUCCCCCCAAAUCUAUAUUUUAAGUCAAUUUUAUAUGGUUUAUAAAUAAAUAGGAUCUCUCUAUCCCCUAUCCCUUAGUGUAUCCUCAUUAGCCAAUGCCUAGGGGUGUUAUUUUCUCUGUCCCAGGCACCAAAGACAAGAGAGCAGAAGAGCAUUUUAACCCUUUUGCUUCCUGAAUAUGGUCUGUGGAGGUAUGUGGUCAGGAUAGGCUAAAUGUUCCUGUUGGAGACUAUUGCCUGGGGCAGCCUGCAAAGCACUCUCUUGCGCAUUACAGAUCACGUUUUAUUAGUCCAUUUGUUUCUUCUGAGGGCAGGGAGUGGGGGUAUCUGCUUCUGAAACUUCAUCACCACUUUCUUCUUCUGAAUCAGAAAAAAGAAAGGCAGAGACCUUAAAGCAAUGUCAUUAGUGAAAGGGAGAAACAAGCAAAUCAUGUUGGAAAAUAACCACCCUAUCUUGUGCUUCUCUUGGUGGCAAUGUAACCAGUGCAAACAUUAGACAAUAAACUUAUUUAAUUAAAAUAUCGCUGCAACUUGACUUACUGAGAAUUCUUUAAUUAGACUUCCCCAUUGAAUAUUAAAGGGCUUGAUCUGGAUAUGGUGUCACAGAA